AUGGAUCAUCAACAUAGAGGAGGGCAUAAAACUGGUAGUGGAGCACUAGCUAGCUCUCAGGAUAUUGCCAUUGAAAGGCGUGAAAGGCUUAGGAGACUUGCUUUAGAGACAAUUGACCUUUCUAAGGAUCCUUAUUUUAUGAAAAAUCACCUUGGACAAAUUGAAUGUCGUCUAUGUUUGACAAUACAUACAAAUGAAGCUUCAUAUUUAUCACAUACUCAAGCUAGGAGGCAUCAAACAAAUUUAAUAUAUCGUGCUGCAAAAGAGAAAAGUGGAAAAUUAUCUAAAUUAACUUCAGAUCAAAUAGAUUUAUCUA